AUGGCAGCCACGAUCAAGUCCAUCUUCUUCAACGACCCUUCUAUCGGCCUCCUCAGCUUCACCGCAACAAUAUUCACCGCCUUCCUAAUCACCAUAAUUAUCGUCCGUAAUUCCAAGAAACGUCCGACCACCGUUCCUCCGCCAGGGCCAUGGAAGCUCCCCGUCAUCGGAAACCUCCACCAGCUGGCCAUGAACGGCGGCUACUCCCAACCCCACCGCCGCCUCAGCGAGCUGGCGCGGCAGUACGGUGCCGCUGACGUCAUGAGCCUCCAGCUGGGAGAGCUCCCACACGUCGUCGUUUCGACGCCCGAGGCCGCGAGACAGGUGAUGAAGACCCACGAUCUGGCCUUCGCCUCCAGGCCUGCCAUCUUCGCGCCUUACGUCCUUUACGGCGGCGGCUACAACGACAUCGCCUUCGCUCCCUACGGCGAGCACUGGCGCCAGCUCCGCAAGAUCUGCACCGUCGAGCUUCUCAGCGCCAAGCGGGUCCAGUCGUUUCGCUGGAUAAGGGAGGAAGAGGUCGCCAAACUUGUGGUGCGCCUCCGGGAAGCGGCGGCGGAGCUAGGGGGUCGGAGUAAAGACGCAGAUCUCCUAAAUAAUAAUAGUAACGAGGGCGUAGAUCUCAGUCGAAUGGUGGGGGAAAUGACGGGUUUCGUGGCUGCCAGAGCAGCCUUCGGCACCAUUCGAGGCCUGAACCAGGCAUUGCUUACCAUCGUUGAAACUAUUUCAGAUGUUGUAGCAGGUUUCAGAAUCUCAGACCUAUAUCCUUCUCUUACGUUUCUUCCCGCUCUCACUGGGUUCAAAGGGAAACUUGAAAAAAUGCAUCAAGAGGCAGAUUCCAUACUGGACGUCAUUAUCCAUGAGAGGAAAUCGCAGAGACAAAUCGACCAUAAACACUACCUCAUUGAUGUUCUCUUGAAUUUUGACUCCAGCCAGCUGCGAUUCCCCUUGACCAUGAAAGUCAUCAAAGCAGUCAUUUUGGAAAUGCUACUCGGCGGCAAUGACACAUCGUCCAAAAUAGUCGAAUGGACGAUGUCCGAAUUGAUUAAGCACCCAAACGUUAUGCAAAAUGUGCAAGAUGAGGUCAAACAAGCGUUCGGUGAGAAAGGAAACGUCGAGGAAGCAAGUCUGCAUCAGUUGAAGUAUUUGGAUUGCGUUAUCAAGGAGACUUUGAGACUGCAUCCUCCGGGUCCUCUGCUUCUUCCCAGAGAGAACGACGAGAGGAUGGAACUUUGUGGGUACGAGAUUCCCGCGAAAACCAAAUUGUUCGUGAAUGCUUGGGCCAUCGGUCGGGAUCCUCGUUAUUGGGAUAAAGCAGAGGAAUUUUACCCUGAAAGAUUCAUCAGGAGCUCGACUGACUACAAGGGGAACGAUUUUCACUUCAUCCCGUUCGGUGCAGGGAGGAGGAUGUGUCCCGGAUACGAUUUCGGAAUGGAAGUUGUUAAGCUUACUCUGGCAAAUUUGCUCUAUCAUUUUCGUUGGGAACUCCCGGACGAUUUGAAACCGGAGAGUCUCGACAUGACAGAAUGUUUUGGGGCGUCUGUUGGAAGAAAAUAUGCUCUACGUGUGAUUCCAGUUCCCUUACAGUGAGAUGCUAGCUUGAAGAAAAGGAAGAAACAUGAAUGAACUAUGAAGUAGACAAUCAAGCCUCCUUUGCUUUUACUUUGUCGCUUAUUAUCUUCUAAACUCGUAGC